UAAUUUCACUGGAAUAGUCAUGGAUUUAAACUCUCUGUAAAUGAGCGUCCUGUCUUACAGCUGCACCUUAUCACUCGUGUCUGGAGUUUGAAAACAUUUUUCUGCUUAAAAAAUGGCCACAGCUGGAAAGGUCAUUAAAUGCAAGGCAGCGGUGGCGUGGGAGUACGGAAAGCCACUGGUGACUGAGGAGAUUGAAGUGGCACCCCCUGAGGCAGAUGAGGUUCGCAUCAAGAUUGUGGCGACCGCGGUGUGCCACACAGACCUGUACCACCUGUUUGAAGGGACGGAAACUGAAUUGUUUCCCACAAUUCUUGGGCAUGAAUCAGCUGGCAUCGUGGAAAGUGUUGGUUCCAGUGUCACUGAAUUUCAGCCAGGAGACAAGGUCAUUCCUCUGUUUAUCAACCAGUGUCGAGAAUGUCGCUUCUGUAGAAGUCCGAAGACCAACCUCUGUGACAAAGGGCCUAUUGGUGCACACGACAAGUUAGCAUUUGAAAAGUCAAGGAUCACCUGCAAGGGGAAGAAGGUGCUGCCAUUUAUGGGAAUAGGUUCAUUCUCCGAGUACGUCCUGAUGAAACAGAUUGCUGUGGCUAAGAUCGACCCGGUUGCUCCUCUGGACAAAGUCUGCCUCAUUGGUUGUGCGAUAAGCACCGGGUUUGGAGCUGCAGUUAACACUGCUAAGGUUGAAGCGGGCUCCACAUGUGCAGUCUUUGGUCUGGGAGCUGUGGGUUUGGCUGCAGUCAUGGGCUGCAAGUUUGCAGGAGCUGAAAGAAUUAUAGCUGUUGACACCAAUCCCAAAAAAGAGGAGAAGGCUAAAGUGUUUGGUGCUACUGACUUUGUGAACCCCAAAGAUCACAACAAACCCAUUAACCAGGUGCUGGCUGAGAUGACCAAUGGAGGAGUGGACUACUCCUUUGAAUGCAUUGGAAAUGUAGACGUGAUGCGCAGCGCCCUGGAGAGCUGCAAUCCAGGAUGGGGAGUCAGCGUGAUUGUUGGCUGGACGAACAGACAUGACUUUGCAGCCCGACCCAUCCAGCUCAUUGUUGGACGAACGUGGAAAGGCAGUCUGUUUGGAGGCUUUAAAAGUAAAGAUGGCGUGCCCGAGAUGGUCAGAGCUUACCUGCAGAAGAAGAUCAAAGUGGAUGAAUUCAUCACUCACAGCAAAACUUUGGCUCAGGUCAAUGAAGGGUUUGAGCUGAUGAAGAGCGGGCAAAGCAUCCGGACAGUUCUGAAUGUUUCUUCUGAAUAACUGCAGUGUGUCUUCAGAUGGUUUGUAAAAACGUAAGGCAUGCUGCAACAGUGAGACCCUUAACAAGGUACCAUUAUAGUUGUUUCAAAUUAUUGAAAAAUUUUAAAGGAAUGGAUGUAAAUUCAAAGAAAUAUCCGAAACAAAAUGAAUGAUUAAACAUAUCACUUUUCAUUUGAUGUUCUUUUUCUUACUUUAAAACUGGAAUUAACUUAGCUCUUAAUAGUGUCUCUUCAUUUUUUUAUUUCUUUGGAAUAAAUCCAUUGCCUGUUUUUUAGUAACUUUUUCUAAAUUUUAUUUUUAAUCCAAAAAGAAUUUAACUUUUUGCAACCAGUCUUUUUUAAGAGAUGAAAAAAAGGUUAAAAAAUAGAAAAACAGCAAAAUAAAACAAACAAAUUGUAAAAUGUAUUUGCUUGCAAAAGAUGAAAUUAUAGAUUUAAACUAUAAA